AUAAGCCCUCUCUUUUUCAGAAAUUUAAUGUCUAAAAUUUUCAAAAUUUGCAUUCCCGCUACUUUCUACUCUCCUCUUCUUCGCUUUUUGCGGCUAGCCCCUUCUACUAUUCUUUUGUUACCAAACCCUAGAAUUAUUUCCUCUUUCUAGGGCAUCGGAUGGAGCAAUUCAACUCCAAGCUUUACGAUAAGUACCAGAAUCUCAAGAAGAGGAAGUUAAUCGACGAGGAGGAGCUGAGCCAUAAAAGAGACGCUGCUCUUAGAAGCUACCAGCUCGAGGUUGAGGAGCUGAUUGAAGAGUUGAAGAAUGAGAACGACCGGUUGCGAUCUGAGAUAAUUGAGCUGCAAAAGAAGUACGAUGAGAGCCAGAAGCUAGUGAUUGAAGAGAGCAAAAACAAAAAACAGCUCUCUGAUGAAGUAGGAAGACUUCAGAAUCUAUUAUCAGAGAAGGAUGACCAUGCCAAUGGUGUAUCACCCAAAUCUUCUUAUACUAGUCCUAGACGCUCAUCGAGGAAUACACACAAAUGUUCAUCAAAGAAGACGACUCCAAAUCAAUCGAUCACACGAAGUAAGGUCCAGUAUAAAGAAUCCACCGACAAUCCUUAUGAAAGCUGUCAACAGGAGAAACAUGUGCCAGAAUGCUGCCGGAAUAACGUAACAGGUUCAGGAGAUGCAAUGAGUGAAGAUCAACUAACAUGCACAUUUCAGUCUCUCUUGGAGUACUUUGUCAGCAUGAAAUUUUCAUUGAAACUGCAAGCUGAUGGGCUAUGUAUUUUAGCCAUCCAUCAAAGGAGUGGAUAUACUUUUACUCUGACAUGGGUAAGGCAUGCGGAUGGAAGAGACGGAGAGAUGUUUUACCGGGUAUCUACCCUGGGGACGCUAGAGAGGAUUGCUCUUGAUUGGAUGAAGGAGGACAUGGUUUUCAGCGUGACCAUGUUCUCUGUUUUCUUAGAAAGAAUAAAGAGAGUUCUUGGACACUCUUGAUUGAAUCCUUGGCAUCUCUCUUCAUCUUAAGCUGCAGAAAGCUUCGACUUUGAGAUGUACAACUGCUGAUCAUUUUGCCAGAAAGAGACUCCAUGUACCACUGAAGAUCAUUGUAUAUUGGGCAAUGUUUAAUAUUUUGGCUACUAAAAUGCUGUCAAGGAAUUGAUUUGACUAAUGUAUGUUAAGCUCUCGUCUGCUGCUGUGAUGUUACUUAGCAGUUUGAACUGUUAGAAAUAUUGUAUUCUUUCAGGUUUGAGAAAUGUGAUCGAUGUUUAUCAAUUGAUUGAGCAAA